AUGGCUGCCAUGGUACAGGAGGAAAUCAGUCAACAAGAAAGGAAUGUGCUUUUUCAGGAGUGGGUCUUAAAUACCCAACGCGGUCAUUUGAAAAGUCCAUAUUCAAAACUGUGCUUGACGGAUGAUGAAAAAGGAACACUGAUAUUACAAAACUGUAAUGUGGUGAAGGGAAGAUGGCAACUGGAUGAAGGAAAUGGGAGAUUGCUGAAAAAUGGCCAGUGUGUGGCACUGUUGCCGGACGAAUCUAAUGAUUCAAGAAUCUCGUUAGCACUGAUGCCAUGCGAUGCUACUGAUGAACGACAGCGGUGGACAUUCGAAAAACCUCCAGCAUUUUGA